AUGACUCGGCAUUCAAAUAAAAGAAAACACUUAAUAAAGAUUACUGAAGAUCGUGAAUCUAAAAAACAACGUUCUGAAAUUUAUAAAAUCGUAGAUUCUUUGGACCACGAAGAACUAAUAAAAAUUCAAAAUUACAUUGCUUCAAUAAAUCCUCAACAGCCAAACAUCUAUAAGUUAAUUGAUUCCUUGGAUCAAGAAGAACUCAUAAAAAUUCAAAAUUAUAUUAAUUUAAAAAAUCCUCAACAGCCAAAUAUCUAUAAGCUAAUCGAGUCCUUCGAUCAAGAAGAACUAAUAAAAAUUCAAAAUUAUGUUAAUUCAAAGAAUCCUCAACAGCCAAAUAUCUAUGAGCUAAUCGAUGUUGUUAAAAAAAAAUUCGAUAAAAUAGUUGAUAAAGUAAAAGGCUUACCAGAUUAUCAAAUCCCAAGAUUUGAAAAUUUAAUUAAUUCUAUGACAUAUUCUAAAGGUAAAAGUAAAGGUGAAAUAUUAUCGCCAUACUUACAAAACAAAGCAAUUGAAUUUGUAAAUAGUGGUCUUUUUAAGCACUAUUCGUCCGCUAAUGCCGUACAAGAUAAAAUAAAGCAAUUAGAAACUGAAAACAAUAAAUUAGCAAAAUUAGUAGAAAAAUCAAACAAUGAGCUUAAAUCUUUCCGUAUGAAGAUCGUACGAGCAAAGGAAGCAAAGCAAAAAUAUAUUUCUAAAAUUCGGUCUAUAUCUCAGAAAAAAAUUACAAAAAGUCAGUUUAAAAUAGCAGUAAAAAAAAUGAUAAAGCAAAAUAAUAAUGAAUACUCGUCUGAGUUUGUUAGGUUUGCCACUAAUAUAAGCAACAUUGGAACAAUUUCUCUUUCAGCAGCAUCAGAAUGUACGAAGGCUAUGUUAAGUUUUCUUAUAAGUGAAACACCAGACUAUUGGCCAUCAAAAGGAACUCUUUCUCGGUGGAAUAAAGAAGUUUCUAAAAUAUCGCUUCAUCAAAAUCGGCCGGGAAACCCACAUUCAUCUUCUUACUCAUACG